CUUAGCUUUCUGCUCGGUCCGCUUCCUUUUUCCCACUAAAUCCCGCCGAGGACGACCAGCACCUGUGAUAGCACCUUGCCCCCUUGCCAUCCCAGCUAGAGCCGUGGGUUGCUGUAAGUGUGGACCUUUGUGUAGAAGAGAGAACAUCAUGGUGGCCUUCAAAGGGGUCUGGACUCAAGCUUUCUGGAAGGCAGUCACGGCAGAAUUUCUGGCUAUGCUUAUUUUUGUUCUCCUCAGCCUGGGAUCCACCAUCAACUGGGGUGGAACGGAAAAGCCCUUGCCGGUUGACAUGGUCCUCAUCUCCCUCUGCUUUGGUCUCAGCAUUGCGACUAUGGUGCAGUGCUUCGGCCACAUCAGUGGCGGCCACAUCAACCCUGCUGUGACGGUGGCCAUGGUGUGCACCAGGAAGAUUAGCAUCGCCAAGUCUGUCUUCUAUAUCGCAGCGCAGUGCCUGGGCGCCAUCAUCGGAGCCGGGAUCCUGUACCUGGUCACACCUCCCAGUGUGGUGGGGGGUUUGGGGGUCACCACGGUUCAUGGAAAUCUCACUGCUGGUCAUGGUCUCCUGGUAGAGUUGAUAAUUACAUUUCAGUUGGUGUUUACUAUUUUUGCCAGCUGUGAUUCCAAACGGACUGACGUCACUGGUUCGAUAGCCUUAGCAAUUGGGUUUUCUGUUGCAAUUGGACACCUAUUUGCAAUCAAUUACACUGGUGCCAGUAUGAACCCCGCCCGAUCCUUUGGACCUGCAGUGAUCAUGGGAAAUUGGGAAAACCAUUGGAUAUAUUGGGUUGGGCCCAUAAUAGGAGCUGUCCUUGCCGGUGGCCUUUAUGAAUAUGUCUUCUGUCCAGAUGUUGAGCUCAAGCGUCGUUUUAAAGAAGCCUUCAGCAAAGCAGCUCAGCAAACCAAAGGGAGCUACAUGGAGGUGGAGGACAACAGGAGUCAGGUAGAGACUGAGGACUUGAUUCUGAAACCUGGAGUGGUGCACGUGAUUGACAUUGACCGGGGCGAGGAGAAGAAGGGGAAAGACCCUUCAGGAGAAGUGUUGUCUUCAGUAUGACUAGAAGAAAGCACUGAAAGCAGACAAGAACCCUUAGAACUGUCCUCAGAUUUCCUUCCACCCAUUAAGGAAACAGAUUUGUUGUAAAUUAGACAUGUGCGGGUUUGUUGUUUCAUGUCAUUUCACUCAAUCUAGAUAAUAAGUAUUUCAUUAUUUACCAAGGAGGAGUGGAAGAAAUCUAUUGUGAAUUCUAAAUCUGAAAAUGAAAUCUCUUGAAAGUAUCCCCAAAGCAAAUAUCUAUCCAGUGUAUCUAGUUACCACUCAUUAAUAAUGAAUUUAAAAUGUGUAUCAGGAUUUGGUUAAGUCUUGCCUGAAAGAAAAUAUAGACAAACCUAUCUGCUUAUUCCUCCACUUCCAGGAAAUUGGUAUUGUCAGUCCUCAUGGAGUAUUUAUUCCAUUAAAUCAAGUUUAUCAAUGGCAAAGUACAGUAUGUCACAGAGUCAUACACAUUCAAGAAAGGAAAUACAACAAGCUUUUUUUAUGAACAGUCCCUUAUUUAUAAACUACCUCGGCAUAAGACUAUAUUAACAAGGGUUAUUGCUAAUAAAUUAUUUCCACUUAUACUUCAAAUAGCAAACUUUAAACCCAAACUCCAAAACAUAAUAUUCCUUCCUCCUCUUCAAUGCCCAAGACAAUGUGAAAUUAAAACCCAGAAAUUAGAAGAAUGUUCAGAAACCCUGUAUAUUUAUUAGUUCCACAUAGGAAAGCAUCCAAAUUAUAAGAGACACCUAGUGAUAUUCAGGACAAAUAGAUUCAUAAGAUCUUAUGGGGGUGGGGAGAAAAUUACGAUCAUACAAGAAAUCAUAAGGAAAGAGGAAAUCUGAAUUCUGGUAUCAAAUAGUUGUUCUGUUUUCAGUGCACACCCUUAAAUCCACCACAUGAGGUGAGCAAUCUAAACAUUUAACUGCUUAGUAACUUUGCUUAUUUUUUUUAAUUUAUUGGCAAAACUGGGGAUUUUGUUUGCUUGUAACUUUGGUUAUCUAUAUUUAAACAUUAGCUGAGACAUAUUUUUUUUAACAAGAACAUAAGUAGGUGAUCUGGACUUUUUGUUGAUCAUUAAGCUCUGUCCACUCUAGAAGGUGUAAACUAGUCCCACCCAGUCCCAAUCUCUGAGGCUCUCUCAUGUCUCAUGAAAUUAGUUGUUUAUCUACACUGCUCAUGUAAUGAUAUUUUAAUGAAUUAAAAUGCAUGAGAAACAAGGAACAACAUGUUCAUAAAAUAAAAGGUGAAGAUGUAAGAACUUGCUGUAUUCAGAGUUGACUAGAUGACCAACCUUUCAUUUGUAGUGAUAUUGUACAUAACCCACACAUUUUUUUAAGUAUUUGCAUUAAUGAUUCAUUUAUUUGUAAAAGUAGUUUGUUUUUCCUGUAUUGCUUUGCCCUAUGUCAGUACAAUGGUAUCAGGAAGCCCCAGUUUCUAUCCUCUUAACUGGGUAGUCUAGCCUUUGUCUUAGACGAAGAGCUGCAAAUGUCAAUUUCAUUGAACAAAAGCUAGUAGUAAAGUAAAAUCCUCUCACUGCAAACAAUGACUUGUAAAUAGCUGAUCAUCAAGGACUUUCUUCUCUGAUGCACAGUUCCAACUGUGCACCACUUUUUAGUGCUAAUGGCAGUUGUGUGUCAAUAGCAGUAAGAUAAUGGACCACUAUUAAAUCUGAUUCUCUUCGGUGCUAAGAAAGUGAGUGACGUGUGAGAUGCCCAGAAAGUGAUCACACCGGUGUUGUGCCU